AUGGAUGUAAACAUGCGCGACGCCAACCGACGAGGCGGUGGACGCAGGAAUGGUCCCUCGGAUGCUCGCGCUGCACGACGCAGCGACCCCUACGCGCGCGACUCUAGAGCACGCCCUAACGCCGCUGCUGCCAACCAGUCCUACCGUGGACAGAACGGCUCUCAUUCGACUUCUGCGCAGCCUGCCCAAUCGCAAUCCGGCAUGUCCUAUCCUCCACCCGAGCUGAGCAUUCGUGGAUCCAGCGGUCCUACCUGGAUUGUGGUGUCGAAUCUGAUCGCAGGCACUUCAAACGAAGACGUGCGUCUCACGUUUGGCGCGUUUGGCCGCGUCGAGGAGGUCAAGCAGCGACCCGCCCCUUCGGCGAACCACCCGACGGUGGGCUUCGAGGUCGCUUUCGAGAGGAAGGAGGAUGCAGAGAACGCCGCAGACAAGUUCAACGGUGCGCUGGCUGACGGUAGGAUCCUGCAAGUGACGGUCAAGAAGCCCGAGACACCGCGCGAUGCUUACAGCCAGUUCAACAGGGCCACAGCGCAAGCCGUCGCACAGCGUCCUCGGGAAAAGGCAGCCAACAUGAUCUCUGUCCCUGCUCCGCUGCCAUACACACCUGCUCCUGUUCCAGCCGUUCCCGCCGCCAUCCCCACUGGACCUGCCAGCAUGCGAUCCCGAGUUCAGACGGCUGCACUCGUCGAACCUCGCGCGAGGAAAUCGAACAAUGCAGCUGCCGCCGCCAACAACAACAGGAAAGGUGGCAAGGCAGCCAAUGCUCCCGCCGUUCCCACAGGACCGAAGAAGGCUUCGGUCACGGGCGUAGCUGCGGCCAAGCCCAAGCCACUCGCUCAAAGGAUUCCCGAACCCCUCGCCAACCGCCUAUUGACGCAAGAACAGGCACGAAAAGUGCGUGCGGAGGAAGCCAAGAAGAAGGCUAGAGAUGAUGCACGCGCCGAGGCUAUCAAGGCCACUGGCAAGCACACUGCUUUGGGCAAGCGACUUGGCGGACUGCCACUGGCGCAAAGGCUGGUGCAGAGUGCAGGAACGCCCAAAUCGGAUGCGAGCGCACUCCGGGCUGCCGCGGAGAAGAAGAAGCGACGAAGGGACGCAGUCAAGGCCAAGAAGGCAAAGAAGAGCAGUGGCAUGGAUCUCGACGGAUAG